AUGAACGAGCAAAGCCUAAGGUCUCUUGCUCAGCUCGGCUUGGUUCAGGGGCAACCUUGGACUCCGAUGGUGCUUUCCCAAGGGAAACGUAACAAAGAUGUGCAUGAUAUUAAAACUAGUCAAUCUGACAAGCUUGCCAUGUUGCUAAAGCAUAAUGAUCGAAGCAAGUCAGCGAUAUCUGACAACUCUCAAAACACUUUGCCGCUUUCAAGUUACAAGCCACCAAAAGAGAAUGUAACUGUGCAGCUCAUUGGCAACUCAAAGGAUAAGAGGCAAUCUUCCUGUGAAUGGGAUUCCAGCCUCACUCAAUUCCAAGACUUCUUCACUGAGGCUUGUAGAAUUGCUCUAGCCGUUAAGUGUUGUAUUCUGAAUUUGUUUUAG